UAUCAAUAUAUACUUAAAAGAUAAAUCGACGUAAGUAAAAAUCGCUCAUCAAAACUACACCGAGUGUUAUGGAACUGUUAACGUUUUACAAAUCUAAUAAAAGUAGUCCCUACUCUUUAUAUUUACGAAAAUUGAGCCGGAAUAUAAACAAGUAGAAUAAUGAGCAAGAAAAGCGGCUCCAAAAAGACGCCAACACGUCGGAGCAAAGAAAGAAACAACUUUGAACAGAUGGAUACAGAUGGAUCAAUGGAUCGACACAAAGGCAGUAUGUAUGAUGAUGAAAGAUGGCAUGGUGCGUCUCAACAUUAUCACGCAGGCGCACACGCCCAAAAACAGCAACAGUUGCAGAGAUCCGUUGAAGCAAGUAAGCAAAUGUUGUAUGGAGUUUUUGGCAAUGUUAUAACAAUGCUUGAGGAGUAUGAACAAAGGGAGCUUGCACAGUUUAAAAUGCAGCAUAAUAUGCCUAAGUCUGAAAUCUACAUUCCUGAUCAGAGACAUAAAACAUUUGAUGACAUAAAAAGCAAUGUAGAGGUCCAGCUUCUUCUCUUUGAGACUCAAACGAAAGCUUGUCCACCCGAAGCAUUAGCAGAGAUUCACGAAGAGCUAAAACGCAGGACACUUGCUUGGUCUGCUGUUAGAGAAGAAAUGGGUAUAAGAGACAUUCACCAAACAGACUACUACAUAGCCAAGCUUUAUGAAAUCCUAGCUAAAGGAGGGACAUUUCAUCAACCGAUUAAUAGUGAAGGGGUGACUGAAGAAGUAAUGAAAGAGGGAUUUCAAGCAAUGAUUAAUGGUGAACACGAUCGUGCAGUACUGGAUAGAGAGUUUAAAACCAACCCUGAUAAAGUGGCAGUUGGUCCUGUGACAAGAAGUAGUGAAAUGAUACAUGAGGGAGCAAACAGAAUAUCUCGGGCUCGAGGAGAUCAAGACCUUGACAGAUCGCUCAAAGAAGAUAUCCAGAGAAUUGAACGCAAUGGUCCAGAAGAUAUAAAAUAAACGAUAAACAAUCAUAUUUGAUGUGAAGUUUACACAUAGGCAUAAACAGAAUAUAAAUGAAUAACUAUAUUUAUUUUGAUUAAAAACGCUAUGGUUCUCUUAAAAUUAAUUGAUCAAAUUGUUGAUAACGAGAAGAACACUAAUCUUAUUUCUUAUUUGUAAUGAAAAAAUCAAUAGUUUUGUACAAUUAUGAUGUUAUUAUAUUUGUUUAUUAUAUCAUGAUGUAAAAUUAGGAAAUAGAUUCUGAGUGCAUUGUUGUAGAAUAGUUCAAAUGCGUAGUAAUAUAAUCACGAAGGCCGAUAGGCCUGAGUGAUUAAUUACAAAGCAUUUGAACGGAAAACGUGCAUUAUUAUACAAUAAUGCACGAA